ACGUUGUUUCUUGAUGAGACAUUUUCCCGUCGAGCUACUUUACGAACGGCGUGCUGCGUGAGUGAGCAUGGCAGGCACUGUCAAGAAGUUCUACGAUCUGUCCGCUAAACUUUUGUCCGGGGAAGUGCUGAGUUUCGCCUCCCUGAAGGGAAAAGUUGUGCUUGUUGAGAAUGUAGCGUCGCUUUGAGGCACAACAGUCAGGGACUACACUCAGAUGAACGAGCUGCACAGCCGCUAUGCGCGGCAAGGGCUCGUGAUUCUGGGAGCUCCCUGCAACCAGUUCGGACAUCAGGAGAAUUGCAAGAUUGAGGAAAUCCUCCUUUCUCUGAAAUACGUCCGUCCUGGAAAUGGCUUCGAGCCCAAAUUCCAACUUCUAGAGAAGCUGGAAGUAAACGGCCAGAAUGCACACCCUCUGUUCACGUUCCUCAAGGAGGAGCUGCCUCAACCCAGUGAUGACUCCUUGUCCUUGAUGAACGAUCCCAAAUUCAUCAUCUGGAGUCCCGUGAACAGGAAUGACAUCUCCUGGAACUUUGAGAAGUUCCUCAUUGGUCCAGAUGGAGAGCCGUUCAAGCGAUACAGCAGAAGGUUUCUCACCAUCGACAUCGAAGGAGACAUCAAAGAACUCCUCAAGAAGAUGAAGUAAAACAUGGCCAUCAGCCACCUUGUGUUGUGGACACGUGAGAUAGAACCUAAUAGCCAACGCCUAUUGCAUGUAACCACAGCCUUUGAGAUAAGAUUGUUGUUUGAUUUAGGCCGACUGUGCAGACAUGGUUAGAGUGCGACUGUUUUUAAACUGUUUACUUAAUGAAGAUACUUCCUAAAAUCUUUCUGAGGGAUGUUUCUGAUGUAUUUGUAAAAGUUUAUUUUAAGAGUGGAACUGUUUCCAUGACCUGCAGAGAUCAGCUUUUAUCUUCCAACAUUAUAAUUAUAAAUAAACAUUUCAGAAAACGUA